ACAUCUAGAACUUCUGCCUCUGAUGAAUUUCUUGAUAAUUUUGAGCCGCACUGUGAACAUAUCAGAAAGCCACUUCCUCUGUGAUCUGUUUAGGGCAUCUGCCAACCUCAGUCCUCUGUACUGCACUCAGCGCCAGCGCGCUAUGAGGCAGCAUGAUGCCUGCCGCCGCUGCCCUCAGGACCAGCGUGCUCCUAUGUGUUCUGCUAGUCUCAGCGUCCUCCUCCUCCUCUCGGGUCCAGUCCUCCUCCCAGGUUGUUUCAGUCUCCGCUGGGGACACCGUGACCUUCAGCUGCUCAGAUGAGUCCAACAGAACCAGAACCUUGUCAGACGUGACAUUAGUCAUAUGGAGGAGAGAAGACGGGGCGCACUCUCUGCAUUAUGUAUCAGACGGCAAUAAGAAUACAUCCAACUUCACAGACCCCAGAAUCUCCUUCCGGAGCGCACAGAUGCCCCCCGCACUGCAGAUAAGAGACGCCCGACCCGGAGACGCUGGAAAUUAUACGUGUACGAUAUCUAUGGUUGGAUCAGGAAACAUCUACAAAUUCUGGACUCUUCAGAUAUCCGACUCCUCCCACUUUGCCUCCAUUUACAUAUCGUCUUCAGUAAUUGGAGCGCUCGUCAUGCUGAUUUUAAUAGCUGGAAUAAUUUAUUGCAAGUUCUGUUCAAAGCGCAACACAAUUCCCUCUCAGAUUCACCAGACCAGCCCGGAAGACAAUGAGAAGGAAGAGCCGGUGUAUCAUAAUGCUCAGGAGGACUACUUUCUUCGUUUUAACGCUCUGUAUGAUAGGACUCCGGCCAGUUCGUUGGCCCAGAGACCUCACAAUCUAUAGUGGAAGAGCUGCCAUGAGAAACAAGGAUGGUUCUUGUGUUUACAUGGACUUAUUGACUUCUAUUAUAUUCUCCUUCCUUGGUCAGUAGUGGAAGUCAACAUGUUACGGAGAGAAGAUCUCAGCGGUUGAGGAACAUCAACAGAAGCCUUCAAAGAUGCUAUGGCAUCCUGGCCGUGGUGGACCUGGGGUGACCUGAAUAGGCAUUCUCUAUAGCCUUCAAGCUGGAUGUGAAGCACACGAGGGCCCACCAUGAUUCCCUCACCCUAGAGUCCACGGGCACCUUGUGUCUGCAAAGUCAAGAGCGUUGUAGUGAGCAGCACUAUAAUCUCUGUGGGUGGCCUCAGGGGGGUAUCUGCGGAGGACUGGAGGGGUAUGAGGUGCUGGGUGCCAAAGGGAGCACCAGGGAGCCGCUCUACAGUUAUCUGGACACGCUCCACACCAGUCCUGGAUAUAAAAGUUCACCCCUCUGCGGUGGCGUAAUAUGUUCUGUAAUCACAGUUACUGUGGAUAAUAAAUGGGGGGUAAUUUCACAAAUACCCCCGACUGC